GUUCUUCCCAGACUUUUAAAAUUAUUAUUGCAGACAUUUGAAAAAAGUACCUGGCAUCUCUGCCUUCGUUAUCCAGGACAAUGAAAAUAUUAAAAUGAAUCAGUUUUUGAAAACCUGCCGUUCUGUUUUAAAUAAUAAGGUGCCUAAAAUAGUCGUUAUCGGGAACGAAAGCUGUGAUCUGGAUUCUGCAGUUUGCAGCAUUUCUGUUGCGUUCCACCUGUCGAAAUUUCCUAGUUUCACCAAAUCUUUCGAAUGCUGUCAUAUCAUACCAGUCCUGAAUGUGGCCAGAUGUGAUCUCCCACUAAGAACGGAAGUUAUAUACUUUCUGCAAGAAAACCGAAUCGACUUACACGACCUGGUGUGUAAUGAUGAAAUCGAUCUCCCAGAGGUAGUUUCUCCUAGAACAAAAUACGUUCUGGUGGAUCAUCAUCAGUCCAAAUAUCGUCUGAAUGUUAUUGGAGUGAUCGAUCAUCGGCCAUUUGAUUAUUGUUCAUUGUUGAAUGACAAUGUAUUCAAGUACAUAGAAUUAGUUGGGUCAUGCGCCACGCUCGUCACAAGAAUGUUCCAGGAAUCGAAAGCUUUGGAUGAAAACAAAACUGAUUAUUUGCCUCUUUUAAACUUGCUUUACGGCGCAAUAAUCUUAGACACGGUAAACUUUUGUAAGAAAGCAGACAAAGCUCGGCAAUUGGACAAGCAAAUGGCAGAAUUUAUUGAACAUCAUCUCAACAUGAGUGACAUUGCCAGGAGACGUCGCGUUCUAUUUGACACUCUUGUUUGUAAGAGAUGCGAUAUUUCUCAUUUAGAUACACUGCAAAUUCUUUCAAAAGACUUAAAAAUUGUUUCCCGAAAUGGAUAUACCGUAGCCAUUCCAGGAUUACCAAUUCUUGUACAAGAUUUCGUUAAACUAAAAGAUACAGAAUUUAAUGUGCAACAUUUCGCGCAGAUAACCGGUUCAAAUGCAGUUGUCCUCAUGGGUAUACAGAUAAACUCGAAUAACGUAGACGUCAGAAGAGAUUUGGGCAUAAUCAAUGUUAAUGCAUUGGAUUUGUUUCAAAAGAUCUUGAAUGAAUUGUCUUCAAAUAAUAAUUUCUGUUUAGAGAACAUGGACCUUGAUUUACUAGAUGGCACUUUUUACAAUCUCCGCAAUGUAGGUAUCUCCAGGAAACAAAUUUUGCCAUUAAUUUGCAGUGUUCUGGAUAACAUGUAAUAGUUUUAUAAAGGAAACUGAUAAUUUUCUCAUCAAA